AGCUUGCUGCGUUCUUUCCCUCCAACAACAUUGAGCUGAGAGUAAAAGUUGGCAAGUUGAUGUCCAAAACCGACAACACAGAGCACAGGUUGGCGAUAAACAUUGUGCGUUUCGUGUGAGGAUUAUUUACCCGACCUUCAAUCGCCGUAGAAUUAACGACAUAUGCAGGCUUUAUAGCAGCGCAAGAUGUUCAACAAAUCUUUUAAUGCGCCCUUUGGGGGCGGGACGGGAGGAUUUGGGACUUCGUCAACAUUUGGCCAACAAAAUACUGGGUUUGGAGCGACAGGGGGUUUUGGUUCAUCAGCAUUUGGUACAACAGCAAACAACAACACAGGUGGACUUUUUGGAGCCACGCAGAACAAGCCUGGUGGCCUGUUUGGCUCAAGCACUUUCAGUCAGCCUGUCACAUCAUCUACCAGCAGUGGAUUUGGGUUCGGUCCUGCCACUGGCGCAUCCAACAGUCUUUUUGGAAGCACCAACACUGGAACUGGAGGGCUGUUUUCCCAGCCGAAUAAUGCCUUCAGUGCCAACAAACCAGCUGCUUUUGGCACUUUUGGUACCAGCACCAGUAGUGGGGGAUUGUUCGGGACAACUAACACAACGUCCAACCCUUUUGGAGGAGCGUCAGGCUCUUUAUUUGGGGCUUCAAGUUUCACCGCUGCCCCACCUGGCACAACAAUCAAAUUCAAUCCACCAACUGGAAGUGAUACAAUGGUGAAGGCAGGUGUGACGACCAGUAUCAACACCAAACAUCAGUGCAUCACUGCCAUGAAGGAAUACGAGAACAAAUCCUUGGAGGAAUUGAGGCUUGAGGAUUACCAGGCAGGCAGAAAGGGGCCUUCCAACCCUAUGGCAGCAGGCACAGGUGGUCUGUUUGGAGCUGCAGCCCCGGCUACACCCAGCACUGGCACUGGUCUCUUUGGCUCCUCGGCUCCAAACGCUGGCUUCAGCUUUGGCCAGAACAAAACUUCAUUUGGCACCAGUACAGGAAACUUUGGCACAACCACAGGAGGUUUGUUUGGCCAGACGCAGCCGCAACAGGCCUCCAGUCUCUUCAAACCAUUCGGCGCAGCCACCACCACCCCCCAAAACACUGGGUUCUCUUUUGGCAACACCAACACCAUGGGUCAGCCUAACACUGCUAGCAGCAUGGGUCUGUUUGGCAAUACUGCUGCCUCACAGGCUGGAGGUCUGUUUGGAAACACUAACACAAGUACUGCCGCAGGCUUUGGCACAGGCACAGGACUCUUCGGUCAACCUAACACCGGAUUUGGGAAUGCCGGUACACAGAAUCUUUUCGGUAGUAAGCCAGCUGGAUUUGGAACCACCACCACUAGUGCACCCUCAUUUGGCACAGGCGCUGGUCUUUUUGGAAAUAAGCCGACACUCACACUUGGGACUAACACAAACACAUCAACCUUUGGAUUUGGAGGAACUGCUACUGGUGGGAGUCUUUUUGGUAAUAAAACUGCUACAACAGGCCUGGGAACUGGAUUAGGAACUGGCUUUGGAGGAGCAGCCGGGCAGACGUCAUUGUUUGGAACUAAUCAGAACAAGCUGGGCUCCAACCUGGGGUCAGUGGGUACAUUCGGGACUGGAACCUUCAACACUGGAGCAAGCACAUUGAAUUUUGGUGCUCCCCAACAGCCUGUGGGUCUCAGUUCUGACCCCAGUGCAGCAGCGGCUCAGCAGGCUGUCCUUCAGCAGCAGAUCAACGCGUUGGCGUACUCGCCUUUUGGAGACUCACCCCUCUUCAGAAACCCACUCUCUGACCCCAAAAAGAAGGAAGAGCGUCUUAAGCCCACAAAUCCAGCUGCCCAAAAAGCCCUGACAACCCCUACUCAGUACAAACUGACCCCUCGUCCUGCCACACGCGUGCGUCCCAAAGCUCUGUCCUCCUCGGGCUCCUCCAAAUCACAGCUCUUUGAUGGACUUGAUGAUGAUGAACCCUCUCUCACCAAUGGAGCAUUUAUGCCGCGGAAAAGCAUAAAGAAGCUUGUGUUGAAGAAUCUGAAUAACAGCAGCCUGUAUAACAACUCGGUGAACAGAGAGGCUGAUGACCUGGCAUCUCCGUCAGAGUACCCACAUAAUGGACUAAGUCUAAGUGUGGAUGAAAGAGAAAUGGCAGCGGAGAGAAGUGUGGACGAUGAUCUGGAGGUCUCCAAGUUUUACACCAACCCAAUCACAAAACCUAUUCCCCACGCCCAGCCAAGUCCCUUACUGCAAGACACCAUCAGCGAGUUCAACAUACGAGGAGCGCCUAAUAAUCGCAACGGCCUGGAGGCCAGCAGUGAAGAGAUCUCCCUAGCAGAGGAUUCCAUUCAGGAGGAGAGAGAUGAGGAGCUGGAGGCUCAGAAACCUCCUCAUCCAGCUGGCAUAGUUCUUAGCCGUGCGGGUUACUAUACAAUACCAGCCUUGGACGAGUUGGGAAAGACGUUAACGGAAAAUGGAGAAUGUAUUGUGGAGAACUUCACUAUCGGCAGGAAAGGCUACGGAUCUGUUUUCUUCCCUGGUGAGGUGAACCUUACCAACAUGAACCUGGAUGAGAUCGUGCACUUGAGGCGUAAGGAGGUAAACGUGUACCCUGAUGACAAAGAAAAACCUCCUGUUGGAGAGGGCCUCAACAGACGAGCAGAGGUGACUCUUGAUGGUGUAUGGCCAAAUGAUAAGACAACUUGCUGUCAGAUCAAGAGCCCAGAAAGACUGGUCGAAAUGAACUAUGAGGGCAGACUGGAGGUCGCAUCACGUAAACAGGGCGCUCGCUUCUUGGAGUAUCGUCCUGAAACUGGUUCCUGGGUGUUUGAGGUGGCUCACUUCUCAAAGUAUGGCCUUCAGGAAUCUGAUGAAGAGGAAGAAGUUCCCCCAUCCAAGGUUGACCUGAAGAAGCUGAAGACGGGAAUUCCUCCUGGGAUCCAGCAACUUCAACUGAAGCAACAGCAGCAGGUGCCACCACAGGCUCAGAGUACUGCAGUUCUUGAGCUCCUCAGCCACGUGUCGGAGUUUGACAGCGAUAUGGCCGACAUUACUCAAGAACCUGGCACCGACAGUAUUUUGGGUGAGGAUGAUGGAGAGAGAACUUCACUAGAGGAGAUGAAGCUGAGAUCUGAGACACCUGCUGAGCACGAGCCUAUUUCUGCCUCCAGCCAAAUGGCUUCUGCGAUGGGCAUCAACCCUCAUACCUUACAGAUUAUGAAGGCCUCUCUGUUUGCCGAGGAUGAUGAGUGCGACUUGUUUCAAGAACAUGGUUCCUCGAAGUUCAUACAGGAUGUGGCCUCCCCCAAGCUCUUGCUUUCUGGAGGUGGCCGGCCAUCGCUUGGAAGUCUAUUACAGACCAAGUUCACCUCAGGAGGAGGGCUUUUUUCACAUUUGCCAGAGGCUCCAUUUGGUGUAAUAUCCCAGAAGCUUAACAAGUCACUCGCUCCAGAGGCCCCCUGGCCAACAUUUGGGCCUUCCUUUCACUUGCCGGCUCCGCCCCCAGAGCCGACUUUACGUACUGUAGGGGCCCGCCGAUUAGGAGGGCCUGUCCCUUUGGAGAGCUCUGUCACUCUAGGGAAAGGACGUUUGCUGAUGGAUGCUGCUUUGUUCAGAGGACGGUCUUUUAGAGUGGGCUGGGGACCCAACUGGACACUGGUGCACAGUGGAGAUCAACUUAGUCUUACAGAAGCAAUGAAGGAACAGGCAACAGAAAUCAUGGGAUUUGGCUUCUUGCCCAAACCAACCAAGACCAAACCAAUCACUGAAAGUCCAUUCAAAGUGCGUGUGGAACAGGUGGUGGGUCUUGAACCCAAGGAGUCAGAAGAGGGUUUGGCUGUGUACCACAGGCCACUGGAGAUUGAACUGAAGCAUAGCACAAUCCGAACUGAGGACCCUUGUCCAUUUAUCCAACCUGUGAGCGGAGUGGAUGCUCUUCACGAGUAUGCGGAGUGGAUUGUGGAGGUCAACAAAGAUAUAGGAGCAGGCGACGCUGUCUUAGCCCAUUGGCGACAAGUUUGGACUCUGUGUGCCGCUCUGUGGGGUCGUUUGGGUGAUCAGGAGACCAGGCAGGAUUCGGACUACCAGCAGCAGCUUGAGCGACGGAGGAGCUUUUCACACUGGUUGUCCGAGAGCGCAAACGAGCGCAUUGAGGAAGAAGUGGGGCUGGCCUUGCAACAGAGCCAUGCUGAGGCCAUAUUUAGUUACCUAACCGGUCACUGCAUAAGCAAGGCCUGCAAACUGGCUCAGAAGAGUGGGGACCAUCGCCUUUCUCUGAUGCUGUCUCAGGCUGUGGGCUCUCAGGAUUGUAGAGAUCUUUUGGCCCUGCAGCUCAGUGACUGGAACAGGAUGGAGACCGACUCCUUCAUAGAAGAGGAGAGGCUGAAAAUCUUUGCUUUGCUUGCAGGCAAACCAGUGUGGCAGUCAACAGACUGCUGUAUAAACGUGUGCUCUGAGCUCGAUUGGAAGCGUUGUGUUGCUGUUCAUCUUUGGUACAUGCUGCCUCCCACCGCAUCUGUAGCCGAUGCUCUCGCCAAAUAUGAAUCUGCCUUUCAGGAUUCAGAUGAAGGGAAAAAGUAUGCUUGCCUUCCUUUACCGCCAUAUGUAGAUGAAAUGGAGUUAUUGGAUUUGGAUGAAGAGAUGGAGGAGACAAAAUCUAAAAGGUCCCUCUAUGACAUCUGCUUUCACCUGCUCAAGCUUUACAGCGACAGGCACUACAGCCUAGAACAGCUGCUUGAACCCACCACAAUAACUUCUGAUCGUCUGGACUAUCGGCUGAGCUGGCACCUCUGGAAUGUGUUGCAGGCUCUGAACUACAACCAUUUGUCCACCUCAUGUCAGGGCUUGAUGCACGCCAGCUACGCUGCCCAACUGGAGAGUGCAGGACUCUGGGAAAUGGCUAUCUUUGUGCUGCUACACAUACCUGACUCUGGAUGUAGAGAAAAGGCAGUGCGAGAGAUGCUGAACUUGCAUUGCUCCCUGGAGGAGACAGAAGAGUCUAUGGAGAAGGAGCAGUUUCUCACAGAAAAGCUGCAAAUCCCCAUUCAGUGGAUUCAUCAGGCCAAAGCCAUCCGUGCCUGCAGAGAGGGAGACAAACACCGUGAAGCCUUGCACCUAUACAAGGCCGGACACUGGAAUCAAUGCCAUCAGCUGGUCAUCCAGCACCUGGCCUCAGAUUGCAUUAUUAAUGACAAUCAUAACUACCUUCUGGAGUUUCUGGAAGGAUUGGCGGUGCCAGAGCGCAGUGUUCAUAUUCAGGGCUGGGAAACAUCUGGACGGGUCUACCUUGAUUACAUCUAUGUCAACCAGUUGUUGAAGAACAUUCAACAGACCGAAAGCCCUGGAUAUGAGCUGGAGCGAUUACAUACGGAGGUGACAUCUCUGUGUGGCAGGAUAGAGCUUAUCCCUUGCUACAAGGCUAAAGACCGACUUGCCCAAUCAGAUAUGGCCAAACGUCUGGCUAACAUCCUCCGAGUGGUUUUAAGUUUCCAGCAGGGUGGUGAAGGCACCUUAGAUCCCCGGCAUAUUCCUCUUUGUCAGCUGGCCCCGCACAUUGGACGUCUACCCAUGCCAGAGGACUACGCAUUAGAGGAACUUCGCAGCCUUACUCAAUCUUACCUGCAGGAGUACGUUGUCAGUCACUGAAUAUCAAGACAAGUUUCUGCAGAAGUAUUGAGUUGUGAGUGAGUCGACCUUCAGCACUCCAGUUUUAUGGCUGUGUCAGGCCAUGGUUGAACUUUUGAUGCGUAUUUAGGCACAAUAAUUGUGAAUAAAGCAUUCCCAUUUGUGUAGGAGCUUUUUUCUUUCAAAUCCCGUUUUGUAGUAAUAGACAUGAUUUGUGUGAGUGCGUGUUUGAUAAUAAAAAUAUCUUUCAAAUAUUCUCGUUGAUGAACAUCUUCCUAAAACACUUGGGAUGAAGUCAUAUUUGAAAACUUUGUGUCUAUUGAGUAAAAGUUACAAUUGUGAGAGUAUUAUCUGGUUCAUUUACAUGUGACCUUGUGUGUUUAGUGAACUGUACAUUGUCCUCUGGACCCAUAAUACUUCAUACAGACUAAAAAUGGGUUUGAAUUAUUUUUCUUUUGACUGCUCUUUUCAACUGUAGUAUUUUUAAGUCUUGGUAUUGUUGUAUGUAUUUUAUUGUCCCUGUGGACUUCUUUAGUCUAUAAGUCGCAAGUGCGUAUGGUAAAGGUCACUCAACACGAUUUAAAUUGAGAAUGGUCUUUUUGAGAUGUUUUGGUAUCUUUAAAUCUUUCCUGACACCAAAAAAUAUAUGGCAACAGUUAAAGUGUCUCUAUUUUUGUAGGGUUUUGGAUGUUUUCAUUUGGAAAACCUUAUUGUUAAAGGUUUUGCCUAAUGUAAAAUAAAUCAUUGCUAUUGAUUGACAAACUAAGUCAAUAGACACAUAUUUUGGGGGUUCUGAAGUGUUUAAUGGUAUGUGACUGUCAAGUCUUAAAACUUUAAUUGAAGUCAAACUUACAUCUCUUCUGACUAGGAUAGUUAUGCUGAUUUGUAAUAACAUUACAGCAUUCAGCGAACUUCUCAUGUUUUUAGUGCUACAGUUGCUUUGGCCACUACAAUAAUAGUUAUUUUCUGUCAUUUUGGUUUUCUAUGAACAUUAUAAACAUUGAACCUGGUUUAUGAUAAAACUUGCUAAAGAUAUUUGAGGUUUUGCUUUUUGGAAGUGUGUUUGUGGCCGUCUGAUUUAAGUUGUGCAUGACUGUGCUUAAUUUUAUAAAACUAUGAAUAAAGUAACUUUAAUUUCUAA